CCCUAUAAUGCGGCGCUCGCCGCAUAUGAUUCACAAUAUGAUCCACAACGUCAUGCAUGUGUUUGGAAACGCACCGGUCCUCAGCGUAUAACAGAUCGAGUCUGGACGAGGCCAAUUUGUACACAGCGUUCAUACUAAUGCGCCGGUGGCCAACGUAGCGUUAAACGGCUUCACAACACUCAACGGACCAGCGGAUGGUGCGUUCGCAUACGCUGAAGGCAGAGUCAUCUCAUUGCCGUGACAUCACCCGUUCCCAUGGUCACGGAUGAUGGCACAAAAAGUAUGAUUACCAUCUCACCAUAGUAGUUUUAAUAGUUCAAUGAAUAAAUUAUUAUCAAUGGCCUUAUAGCGCCAGCGAGGCGACAAGCGCAUGGUAUUAUGCGUUAAAGCGGAGUGACUGAAAAACGAGCGAUACUGAGAUGAUUGGAAUCCCCCCGGCUAGAUGGGAUUUAUAUGAACAUGCGCAGUUGAUGGCGAUGACGUGUCCGUGAAGACAACUGGUGAAUAAUAGAUAGCUAGUGGGCUCUAGUUGAUUCAAUCCUGUCGUCGCGUCGAACAAGGUAGCAUCAUUUUCUCGUAUGUGUCACUAUACAGUGACAGCCCCACGACUACGGUCAUCAAGCAGGCCUCGUCGGGCCUUGGGUUUAAGGUGGUCAAAACCAUUUCAAAAAGUUGCAGCGUCUCGACCGAGCACUCAGCUGAACUUCUUUUCAGACUGACUGCACUUCUGUUUAUUAACUUACCAGCAUUAGCUCUACACAGGCAUCAUUGUCCGAACACGGAUUCGAGCAAAAGCAAAGGAUACCGGUGUGCAGCAUUGUUUAGGUUGCACAUGUGAAUUCAUUACCUGAAGGCAUCGACGCAUCCUGCCGUAGAGAAGUUCUAACGGCCGGGCUGUCCCGCUUUGUUUCGUGUAGUAAAACUUGAGGAAUCACAUUGCUGUCCCCUGCUAAACUCCUAACACUUUGACGUUUGUUGCUGCAACCAACGAAUCCUUUGCGUAAUAAAUAAAAGCAAUUAAGUGCCACUAAGAGCUGACAGAGAGCCAGAGUUGAGAGAGGAAUAAUCAUCGGUCACCUUGUAAUUAUUUGGAAGCUGUCCUCGCUCUCCGGGGCUAGGAAAAGAGUGCAACGACGGCCGCCCGACUCCUCGACAAACAGGCCCGACGAGCCUCCGCGGCCUCAGACCCCGCUCUCGCCAGCCACAUGAUCGACAGGAAGCUGAAGCGGGGCGGGGACAACGGCCCGCAACGGCCACGGGCCAACACCCCUGACCCCCACCCGUCCUCCAAGGACCCGCCGGCCUCCCCCAUGACCAAGACGCUGCACUGGAGCAUCGCCGACGUGACCAUUAAGCAGCAGCAGGAGCACACGUACCGGGGGCGGAGCUCCAGCCUCCCCUACUUGACUCUGAAGGACCUGCCCAAGCUGCCACAGCCCCCUGUGCUCAGGGUGGUGAUCCUCGGCACCGCCGGCGUGGGAAAGUCGUCCCUCCUCAUGCAGUUUGCUUCUUCCUUCUACACAGAUGUCAGCGACUAUGAAUCAAUGCUCUCUGACAAUCCUGAGGAUGAAUUCUACGAAAAGACGGUCGAGAUCGAUGGCCAAAUUACGACACUACACAUAAUUGAUACUCCCUCUUACGGCCAGGCCACCUUUGACGACAAGGAGGAGCAGUACUUAGCCGAUGGGGAUGCCUACCUCCUGGUCUACUCUGUCACGGACCGGCGGAGCUUCAAGAAGGCCAACGAGCUCCGUUUCAAACUCCAGCGGACCAAAGAGACUGAGACAGUGCCCAUCAUCCUGGUGGGUAACAAGACGGACCUAGAGCGGUCGAGGGAGGUGUCUUUCGCAGAAGGGAAGCACUUUGCCGCUCUGUUUGACUGCAAGCUGAUCGAGACCUCGGCAGCCAUCUCCCACAACGUCGAGCAGCUCUUCCACGGCGUGGUCCGACAGUACCGGCUCCGAAGCCGGCUCAAGUCGGAUGAGGAGGAAGAGUCCGGCAGCCGGGGCAGCAUGGACUCCACGGGCAAAGUGGACAGUCCCUGCCGGCAGAGCGUCGUCCAUAAGCGCCGCCGCUCCUCCAUGCUGAACCGGGCGCGUGGGGUCCUGGAGCGGAUACUCCGGCGGAGGAGCACGGACGAGCCGCCGGGUUACCGCGCACGCUCCAAGUCCUGCCAUGUGAUGGAAGUGUUGUAAAUAAACCAAACAAAAUAAUAUGGGCGUUCUGUCCGGCUUGAGAUUCUCCAGAGUGCACAUUCUAGACAUUUACCUUUACAGCCUCCAAACUGUGACUCCACUCUUUGGCUUCUAAGCCUCCAACCUCUGGCUCUAUGGAAGACAAAAAAGCAAAAGUUGAUGGAUUUGCAUUGAACUGCACCCUCUCGUCGAGAACACAACUUUGUUUAUGUAGGUGAAGGCGAAGACGAAGCGCAGAUUUGGGAAAUCCGACCAGCCAAUGAUAUCCACGUUCAACCCCUAUGAAUGAAACCAUUGGGGACCAUUCACUUGCUUGGUGGCAGCAGACAGUACUUGGAGUUUGUUUUUUUUCCAUUUUUGUCAUGCGCAUUGAACUCACGUGCUGUCAAAAUUCCCACUUCUUCUUUUCUAAAUGUACUAAAUGUUCUGGCGUGAGCUUUAUAACACAAAUGCUUUGGGGAACUUUGAAAUAAGAUGAAUUCCAGCUUUUAGAUACCGACUAGACGUUCACAGUAAGGUCGUCAUUAAAAUCACUUCUUUGUCGAUUGCGAAUGAACUAUUAAGUGGUCGUCUGUCCUCAAGAAUUUAAUGCUGCGUUUCCAUGUCGACUUCUGUUUCAAACUACGUUAUUUAAAAGUAAAUAAAGGCGGUAUUUUGUAAUGGAAAGCACUUGCUGAUAAUGGGACAUUUGUGUUCAUAUUUUAACUUGUUCCUGUGCUUUUGCAACAAGAUUAUACAACCGCCCUUACGCUAUUGCCACCCUUUCAUCGUAACACAUAUUUCAUUUUUAUGUGUUCUCCUAUCUUUAUAUCAAGCCUGCAUGACUUGGCAGCUGUAUCAUGUGAUGAGGCCAUCUGUUUGGAAGUUAAAGUUUCUCGGAUGAGAAACAUCUGUUCCUGGCUGACGUUAGCUCCUACAGUUCACCGGAUAGGUUGCUUUUCCGGAAACUUGAGUGGGCUUAUUUUCAUCUAAGCAUUCCCAGCCUGACAAAAUUCAUCCUAAAUAGUGUGGCGGUCAUGUUCUCCUCAGGCUCAUGAAACAUGCCAUUAAAGUUGCAAGGUGUCAAAAAUUUUUAAGUUGUCGGCGAAUAUUUGGUCACUAUGACGACCAGUGAAAGUACGAGUUGCUAUACUUAUAUUUACCCCUCAACGGAGAAGAGGAAAUAUUUUACAAAUGUAAACCACCAUCUUCGGGUAAAGGAGUGCGUACCGCUUAUUUCACGUCACGAAAUACAAAUUCUUUUGGUCGUUUGUUUUUUUUUCUGGGUCCUUCGCGUGCUACUUUUACACGUGUGAAAUGUAUUCUAUCAUAUUUGUAGGCUAGGUUAUGUCCUGCCGAGAUCCAUAAUAACUGAUAUCGAUCAACGAGUGGCCCUGUAAUGUAAGAUACAGAUGUGCUCUCUGGGAUUCGCCCGCAUUGUGGCCGAUGGAAAUCAUGUCUGUGCCAUGCACAAAUGGAGUGUGGGCCAAUACGAUCACGUCACGACUCAAUGAAGAUAGAUAUUGCCGAGCUGUUGUUUCAGCCGCCAAAUUAUGGCGGAUGCUCCAUCAUGUAGUCCUUGGACUCUUCAAAAUAACAUCCCUCGAAAUCUGAUCGAUCGUUGCUGGUAUGCACACCUCGGUGUUCAAGCCAGUAGGGAUGAUAGUAAAGAGCUCGCCUGUGCGAGUGAACCUUAUGAUAUAGGCCUAGCUAGUGUGGCUCUGGUAAUGCUAGAAGUCCACAAAUUAAAGGUACGGUUGACACAUUAGUGGACUUCAGACGUUUGAAUCAGCCUUGUCCCUCAGUCUAAGUGUCUGUCCCUAAAUUAAGUGAGUUGCCAUUAUUUUUACUCCACUGUCUCAGAUGUCAUUUAACAUUGGCAUUCCUCUCAGUUGUGUGUGGACACCUGCAUAAUAAAUCCAGUAGUUUGUUUUGAUGGAAGGCUUUGUGGUCGUUUCCAGUCUAAACACUGCCUGUGUUAUUCGUAUUUCCUUCUUCCCAAUUGAAUUUGGGUUGAAUAAGGAGCGAGCGUGUCUCACACGUUCCUCAAUCCUUUUACCUUGUAGCAAUUAAGGUGAUUGGCCAAUGGCCAUUAUCAGCGUUCCGUGACGUCAUUCGUAAACUGUUUUUAUAAAUUGAUUACGUAUUGAACCCAUAAAGAUGAUGCAGAUGAGCCCCUCUAAUGACUAGUUGUACCAGUCUGUAUGUGUACUUAUAACUGAUGACGGCUCGAUCGAGGCAAAUGAGUCGAAUUCGUGAUAACGGCUAAUUAGACUAAUGGGAUAUGUGCAUUAUCAGUUAUAUAUGAUGCACUUGUAAUAUUGCAGGGGCUAUGAUCAGUAAGAGCGGUCCCAGUUUGAUUCACCUCAAAGUGUUCCAUGACAGACGACUCAUUAAAAUCAUUACCUCUGAAUUUCUUCCUUCGUGGCGUGAUGCACCGUGGUGACGGCUUGAACUUAAAACUGUGCAUAACGCGGCACACGCGGCGCGUGGUAUAACAAGGUGUGACAGGUCAGAGUGGGUGGAAAAUAACGAUGACAGUGUCACCCGCUACGAUGUCCCAGAUGCUCUGUCACGUUCGGCAAAUAAAUCGAUCAAAUGCAAACUAUGACAAAUAUCUUCGUCCACACUGUCGGGGAAAAUGCAUCGUCUGGUCUCAGACAAGCCACAGAUUUUUUAUGGUGGGGAAGCGUCAAAAUUUGGGGGGUAGGUUCAACUUGCUACCAUGACGAAAAUCUGAAACGUGACCCUUGUGCCUGAUUCCUGGCGCUUUUUGAGGUAUUGGGACAGGAAUACUAAAGGUCAGACGUGAGAGGAAUCCUAUUCGCGAGAAAGCAGAGUUUUCAUACAAGAGAGUAUCGAUGCCUACCACAGUGUCAAAUCAACCACUUCCUGCUUCCCCAGUAUCGAUUAAAACAAUCUGUGUAGACUCUUAUUUAUGCACAAUUUUUCUCGAUACUGUGGGGCGUAUUAUGAAGCUGAAUAUUCAUGCGUGUCUUCGCAUUGGGUUCGUUCAGAUACCUGCAGGCGCUCUGCACAGUUUAGACUACACGAAUUUAACUUUCAAAUGUCGGGGAUUCAUCCCUGCAGUACCAAGACCACGCUGCUCGUUUUAAGAGACGACUGCAGGCGUUAAGAGCCUGAUGUGAUGAAUAUCUCAUCCGAAGAUAAUUCACACUUCGUUUCGUCAGGCGUAAAGUUGUCUCAAGUUAUUUUGUGGGAGCUAACCUCAGUGAACCUCAUCAUUGAUUGAACCCUUGCUUUAUGAUAUAUUUGAUCCUUCUGAUGUUUGUAUCUUUCAUCAUCGCUUUUAGAGAUUUAUCUCACAUAACAAGAGGAGCCUCAGCUACGGCAAUGAAACAACGAACAAACGCCCAAAUCAAAGCUAUCAUAGAAAUCAUUAAAAUGCUUGCAAAAAAUGCUUUAUUUUGAGAUAUUUCUAAAUCCCCCCAAUUUGUUUUCCACGAGUAAUUCAAUUUUCUUCUGGGAUUAGCUCAGUGUAUAAAUGAAGACCGUCCAACCAUAAUAUGUAUUCUCAUUGAAGAAUCAAUAUUGCGCUUGAAGCGUAAUAUAAUUCUACAGGUCGUUACGCAACGACUGGUCAGAGUCAAUAGUUAUCGCUGUCAAAAUGAACGCAUUCUUCCUCAAACUGUACAUUUACAUCGCUAAUUUGAUAUUCAGAGUGCAUUUAACCCUUAAAUCAUGCUGGAUUGGAAUUAUACAAAUUGUUGUAUUAAAGCAUUUCCCCGUAGGGUAAGGUAUUAAUCAAACACUCUCGUGGUGCUAUCAUGUAUAUAAAACAGUGGUUUUCAUUUUUGUUUUAUUUUAUCAUAAUUUAUCGAUGACUUUAUCAAGACUAUACUAAAAUGUUUGUUUCAAUUUAUAAUAAUAAAUGUGGACUUUGUAACAUAGUGUAACAUAAUGUAGAAACUGAACCGGUAACAUUCACUCAGUUCUUUUCACUAAGUAUACAUGGUUUGAUUGAUGUAUUUCUUACACUGUGCACGACUUCCUGGUUUUGAAGGGUCGACCGUCUUUCCUAAGGUCUAAAUCCGCCUCGCCGAAAACGUCAAAGGCCGCUGAUGCGAGACAGCCAAUUCGAUCGUUGGUACACUCUGAAACUAAAAGAGCGCUUCGUGAUCUCGAGCGAUGAUACAAAAUCUGAACGGCGCAUUUAUGCACCUUUAGACAGGAAAAUAUGUUUUCUUUCCAUGGUAAACACGCCCACGGGAUUUUCUAGCCGGUCUGUACGUUCGCGAUGCCGACUGUCAAGCCGUCAAAUGACAUGCACGGCACCACCGCGGCUUUUUUUUUAGUGGUGUUGCGGUUUAGAAAGGUUUGCAAGAUAAAUUUAAAGAUUGAUGUUUGCUGAAAUGAAAUCUAAUUAGUGGAGGGCUUCAGACGGAAUUGCCGAGGAAGAAGGCUCUGGAGAGGACAAGUGCCCUGCAUACACGGGAUGUAUACUUGCAGCAUUCUAUACAGACAAUUGCAGCCAAGUACGCGAGAGGUUAGGAUUACUUUCAGGAGAGGGAUUAGACUACAUGUAUUCCAUUUAGGCAUGAAAGAGAAACAUGAUGUUAUCAAUCGGAUAACAUUAUGAUCUGCCUGUUGUGAUUUUCAGACUUGCGUCAGUCUUACCAAUAUUUGUUGUAUUCUGGUUUAUAUUAUGAAUCUGUAUUUCAAACUAUAAAAAUGUAUAUAUAAUCCAUUUUGUUCCGAUGUAAUUUUUGUAUUUCGCUAUAAAUUCUAUGUAUGCGGAGCUGGAAAAUGGAUGAAUAAAAUUUGGGAGAAAGGUCA